GAGGAGGAGGCGGCCGCAGUAGCAGCAUCUCCUUCCUCCGCGGCGAGCGCCAGGCUCAGCCCCGCUGCCGCGCAUGCUCACGUCGCGCGCACCGUCGCAGAAGCAGUCGCCGCGCGCUUCGGCCCCAGCGCUGCUGCGCACAGCGGCAGCGGCAGCCCGUCUCCGCGCGCGAUCCCCGACUCGCCGCUCCCGGCGCGUGCGGGCCUCAACAUGCCAAGGAAAGCGGCGACGCUCCAGGCUGCCACGGCGAUCGAUUCGCCCCUGGCCAGGUCCAAGCCGAUCUACAUCCCUCCCGGGAGGCAAGGCUUCCGCUCCGGCCAGCUGCGAGGCAGCCGUGAUCAGCAGCAGCAUGCUUUUGACAACGUGCCGCACUCCGCUACAAUCGAGCGCACGGCUGAACGCCAAGAGGCGAGCAAGAUGAUGCUCACCCGUCUCGGCCAGAGGUCUGCGUCGCCGCUUACGCCCAAAUCCGCUUUCUAG